UGCUGGAGUUAUUGCACAAAACAUUAGUCAUCCGGUGUUUUCCAAAUAAUUGUGUCAACAACAUUACCACAGAUUUGUCUUUGUUGGUGGAAUUUCUCGUGAAACCCAGAACAUCUGCUUCCCUGCUAUUUCAAGUUUGGCGUUUUGACAGUACCUGCUAGCGACCGAAUAAAAAAGAGUGAACCAAAAGAAAAUACUACGGGGAUAAAAAGAUAUGGCUGAAGGUGGAGAGGAUUCAACAAUAGAUGAUGUUGACGAGGGCAUCCCACAGUUCCAACGCCAGCUCAGUCAUCAAGAAGUCGGAGACCAAGCAGCCGUUCUCCUCCGUCAUUUUAUCAUCGAUCGAUUCGAGAGGGACUCUAUCGAGAAUGCCCCGAGGCAGGAGGACUUGGGCGUGGCCACGCCCGGACAGGAGGAGGUGUGGCAACAAGUCGGCUCCACCCUCCGUGAGAUCGGACACAUCUUGGAUCAAGACCGAGAACUUCAAAGAAUGAUAAACUCCGUACCGACAGAUUCGCCGAUUGAGGCGAUUAUAGCAGUAGCUCAUGUCAUCUUUGGAGAUGGGGAAAUCCACUGGGGUCGUAUCAUCGGACUUUUCUACUUUGCCUACAGGAUGUGUGUCAGGGCCAUGGACAAUAUUUUACGUUCAAACUUUCCUGGUUGGGUGAACCAACUGGUACGUGAGAUUGUGAAGUUUCUCGUCAGACGCUUUGCCGAUUGGAUAAUACGGCGUGGAGGCUGGACUGCUAUAACAGAAUACUUUGGAUCAUCGACCCCUGCUUGGGCUACACUGGUGCUUAUUUCAAUGGCGACCAUGGCCAUCGGACUUUAUAAACUCAAGAAAUGACAACGAGGACUUCCACAUUACCUCAACACUUCGGACUCCGUGGUUCUUGUUUUAAUGGACUAGGGAUUGGUGAAGUAGACUUCCAAAGUACGAGUUCGCCAGUCAAGACAAUCUAAACAGUUUUUGGUGAUUGAUUGAUUGGUAGUGGAGGAUUUUGAUGGAGUAUAAACUUCAUUUGAUCUGCUGGGAAAAGAGUACUGGAAAGAAUCCCUGGUGUCCCCCCCCCCCUCACCUAACCCACCCUGCCCCCGCCCUGCCCCAACCCUGGCCCACCCUGCCCCUGUCCUGCCCCCACCCUGCCCCCUAAAAACCUUGAUCAGCCCGGAACAGGCUUGGGUUUACAUCUUUGAGAGGACAAGGCCAAUAAAAUGCAAAGGGCACUUUUAUUGGAACUCAAUGGGAAACUAUGGGCACCAAGGUCAAUAACAGGGCAACAGAGGCUGCGGCCUCCGUGAAAUUCCAGGCCUGCCUGAAGCCC